AUGCCUACACCAUUCAAAGCAGCAGCUGUUCAUGCUGCACCCAUUUUUAUGAAUAAGGCUGCAACGACUGAAAGGGUCAUUCAAUACAUCAAAGAAGCAAAAGAAGCAUCGGUCGAGCUUCUCGUUUUUCCCGAGACAUUUAUUCCUGGUUAUCCAUAUUUCAUCAAUUGUUAUCCGAUUUAUGCUCAAUCAGCAGCACUCGCCGAAUAUAUUGAACAGUCUGUCGAGAUCUUCGGACCAGAAAUCAACAGUAUUCAAGCAGCCUGUCGUGAUUAUGGGGUGUGCAUUGUUUUGGGUAUUUCUGAGCGAAUGUCAGGCACUCAUACGUGCUUUAAUUCUCAAGUCUUCAUCGAAAAUGAUGGCACACUUCUGGGAAUUCAUCGAAAACUUCAACCAACAGGUGCUGAAAAAAUUAUUUGGGCAAACGGAGGCGGCUACACUUUGCGUACCUAUCCUUCAAAACAUGGCAUUCUUGGCGGUUUACCCUGUUGGGGUAAUGCUAUGAAUGGAGCGCGGCAAGCACUUAUCCAACAAGGCGAACAAAUUCAUGCAGGCGCAUGGCCUGCUCUAAGUGCCAUGGUUGGACUUGAAGAAUUGGCCGACGUACAGAUUGAUGCCAUGAUGAAAAAUCACGCACUAACUGGCCAAUGUUGGGUAAUAUAUGCGUCGAAUACAGUUGAUCAACUUUGUCUUGAUUGGAUGGAGACUAAAUUAGGUAAACAAGAAUUAAUCAAGAUUGGAGGUGGAAUAAGCGGAAUCCUUCAUCCUUUCAAUAUAUACCUUGCUGGACCUCACAAAGGUUUAGAACAAAAACUCGUUAUCGGUGAAAUUGAUCUUAGUCAACUUGGCGUAAUCAAAGUUUUCAUAGAUUCAGCUGGGCACUAUAGUCGACCAGAAGUUCUUCAGAACAAUAUUAAUAAUGUUCCAAUUUGGCCGGAUGAAAAAAAUAUUACAUUUCCGAUGAAAAAGGCUCCUCCUCGAGACAAGGAAUCAUCUUCCAAUAAAACCCAAGAAGGUGAUACUACAGUAAUUUCGCAUGAAUAA